AUGGCACGGGCAGCGGAUGCUAUGGCAGCGAAUGCGGGUGCGAAAUACGAUGCAGCGGGUGCGGAAUACGAGGCAGCGGACGCGCAAAAACAGGGGCAGCAGGUGCGAAAUACGAGGCAGCGAAUGCGCAAAAACCGGGGCAGCGGGCGGAGGAGAACGACCGAAGGCGGAGAAGGGGGGCGGCGGCAUAAUGGAGAAGAAGGGGGUGAAGGAGGAAACAAAAAAAUAGGAAAAGGGGGAAAGGAGGAAGUGAAUGGCACGGCGCACGGCGGUCGGAGAAUGGGGGGAAGGGGUCUGAACGUCGGCGGUCGUAGAAUGGUGGGAAAGGGGGAAGAAGAUUAG